AUGGCUGAUGCUCCUGCAGUCCUGAUUGAACUGAAGCAGGAGCUGGAUGAGGAGGGCAGUCGCUGCCUCCUGCUGUCACGGCGGAGUUGCUUCAACCAGCGCUGCUGCAUCCGCUGCUGCUCGCCCUUCACCUUCCUGCUCAACCCCAAGCGCCAGUGCCACGACUGCCACUACAACGUCUGCAGGGCCUGCCGGGUCUACAACAAGCGGGACAAAGCCUGGCUCUGCUCCGCCUGCCAGAAGAGCAGGUUGUUGAAGACACAGUUACUGGAGUGGUUCUACACUAAUGUGAAGACGCGCUUCAAGAGGUUCGGCAGCGCCAAAGUGCUGAAGACUCUCUACAGGAAGCACUUGGCGGAGCACAGCACACUUUCAGAGAUUACUGAGAGCAGCGCCUAUGAGGACAGUAUCUGCAAUGAGGGAAGCAUCUGUGGGAGCGACUCAACCUUCUACAGACAAACUCAAGAGCACAGCAUAGCAGAGACGAUCACUGUGGCCUUGCGGGUGGCAGAGGAGGCCAUAGACGAGGCCAUUUCUAAGGCGGAGUUUGACACUGCCAGUCAGGAGAAACAGAAUGAGGCUAAUUAUCUGCGAGAGCACAGAGGAGAGCUCAUCGAGGAACUGUCAAAAACUAUUGUGCAAAAAAUUAUUAGUAGGAGGAAAACUUUGACUGAGAUGAGGGCAGAACAUGACCAGGAUUGGCCUCUUGAACGCAACGCUGACCUUCAUCACCAUCAUUCUCAGUCUGAUUGUGAUCAAGCAUCCAGCUCCCUCAAACACCGACCAGAUCUCUGGAGGUCCCACUCUGCCUUCUCACUGUUGGACAGUGAACUUCCAGGUCUGAUACAGGACACUUCACAGGCGCUAAAGAAGGACGCAGGUGGGUCGGCUAUGUCGACCUGGAAGAGUGUGGACCGGCUGGACAACACUGGUGUGUCCUCGGUGCUGAAGAGCCCAGACGGGAACUGGAUCGCCCUGCAGAGCACCCAGCUGUCUCGUCCGAGCCUGCUGACCAGGAGGAAGAGCUUGGUCUUCAGUGCCUUAGAGAGAGAGUCAGGAGUCGUGUCCGCCUAUGAAGGCAUGGACUCUGACAACGAAACCAAACCCGAGCACGGCGUCCCCGUCAGCACACCGUCCCCGCUGACGGGCAGCGGAGACGAUCUGUUUUCAGACCCUGAGGGGAACUGGAUGCCUAAGAAACCUCUGCUGGCUCGUUUUAAGAGGAAGGUGCCCACAGAGAUCGGGCGCCCUUCAUCCUCCUCCAGGACCAGCGUCAUCGAUGUAAACUUUAACGUUGAAGGAGCCAAAGAGGAAGAGGAAGAGGAGAGAAAGGGGGCUGCAAAGCAAGAUACGGGGAAAGUCCGGAGGUCCCGGAAGAAGAGGAGGAGCAAAAAAGAGCUGUCUUCUUCUGUGCUGGACUACAGGGAGAGAGACAACCAUUCCCAACAUUCGUCUGAUGCUGCGACCCCCGGCACUUUGACCUCCGGAGCUACGACCCCUGAACUUUUCCACCUUGAAAGUGACAUCACAGGGAAUGUAGAGAAUCAGGUGGAGGAGGAGCUAACGUUAAAACUACAACAGCUAGCAGGCAGAGUUUCUGACUCCUCAACCGGAGAAAGAGGAGGAAAAGAUGAUGUUGAAGUGAGAGAUGCUGAUAAAGAUGGACAGAGGGAGGAAACGAGACAACGAAGCAAGGACAGAGGUGACGACGAUGAGAGGCCUUGGAGGACAGAGAUUGACUUGGAUGAAGGAAGAACAGAGGAUGACGAAGAAGAUGAAGAGAUGAAAUUCAGACUAUACAGGCUCAUCGCUCAGUCCAGACUCACCUACCUGUCCAAUGAUGAUGACUUAGACAAAGAUGGCCAUAGUGAAGGAGAAUGGGAAGGAGGCAAGGAGGGAGAUAUUGAGGGGGAAAAGCGAUUUGGACUUACUUCUAAACUCUGUAAGCUGGAAAAAGAAGCCAGAGCAAACCAGUUCUCCUCCACAGAGGAUGAGUUGGACAGAGUUGGCGUCAUGGAUGAAGAGAAGACGACAGGAGAGGAGGAGGAGGAGGAGGAGGAAGAGGAGCUGGUGAUGAAAGUGUGCAGAUUAGCUAAUCAAGCCAACGCCACCCAGUUUUCAUCCACGGAGGAUGAGUUAGACCGAGCAGGCAGAGGUGAAGAGGGGGAGGAAGCGAUAAAUGAGAAGUUCUGGAAACUACAGGCAGAUAAAGACGUCCAGGCCGUUCAGCUGCGCGACUUGGCCAGUCUAAUUAGUGCUUCUCAGUUUUCUUCCACUGAGGAUGAGCUGGAUAGAGUUGGAGAGAAUGAGGUGGAGGUGGAGGAGGAAAUAAAAGAAGGAAUUGGGAGGGAGGAAGCAGUGGGAAAGAAUUGGGAGAGGAGAGAAUCAUUUGGAGCCUUGAAUGUAAACAUGUUUGAUUUAAGGGAUGAAAUGGGAGAAAUGAAGACGGAAAACUGUGAUAAAGAAGUUAGAAAUGUCCAACAAGAUAAAACUGAGGUAGAGGAAAAGAAAGAAGUAGAACUUUUGGAUGAAAAACAGGCAGAGAAAGGACAAGAGAUGGAGUUAGAAACGCUGGUCCAAGCAAAGAGGACCGCAGAGUUAAUAUCCUUAGACGAGACAAAAGUCCAACAAGAAAAUCAGCCCGAGACAAAGUGGCCAGACAAAGAGGAAGGAGGAGAGGGACAAGAAGAGGUAAGGAUCAGAGGAGGCGAAGAGAGUCAGGAUACAGAAGUUUACAGCGAUGAGGAAGAUGAAGAAUUUGACAGGAUAAUCAGCAGCAUGUUAACGAUGACUUUGGAGGACAUGCAGAUGGAGACAUUAAAGGAUGAGGCUGCAGAAAAUGGGAGCAUAAGUAAAGAACCAGAGGAAGUAGAGACAGGUGAGGAUGUAGAAAUUGAGGGAGAAGGUGGAUUUGAGGACAACGCUGUCGAUGCUCAAAACACAAAUGCAUCAGAGGAGACAGGAAGUGCAAAAGAAUUCCAAAGUCGAGGCAAUAACGUAAUGCCAGAGUCGUCUGUGAAAGACACACCAAGAGAAAAUGUAUGUAAGGAAAUUGGAGAAGAUAUUUACAGAAAAAAGGGGAGUGAAGAUGCUACAGGUGCAAAUGAAAAAAGAGAUACACAAGAAAAAAUACAUUUAGAAAUCAAAGAGACACUGAAAGCGAAACAGAAGUAUAAAAGACUAGAAAUGGAUGAUGACAAACAAGAAGACAGAAAAGUCACUGAGUGGAAAACCAUGGACACACAUGGAGGUUCUGCAGAGGAAGACUGUGAAAGUAAAGAAAAGGAUGAAAGUCUUGAAGAAACCAAAGAAGAAAAAACAGACGAUUCUCUUCCUGAGGGUUUACUAUCACCUGAGGAGAUUCAAAAUAGGUACUCGGCGGUGUCUCUGCGCAGCAUCACCACUGAGGUCCUUAAGGUGCUGAACGCCACUGAAGAGCUGCUGCUGCUGCAGGGGGUUGAGGGAGGAGACGGCCCCCGACUCGCCAACACUUUGCUUCCCCCCAACACAGAUCCUAAGAAACUGGAUCAACAGUUCUCUAGACUGGAGGAGAACGUGUAUGUGGCAGCUGGGGGGGUGUACGGUCUGGAGGCAGAGCUGAGUGACCUGGAGGAGUGCGCUAGGGGCAUCUGCAGCGCCACGUCGGACACGGAGCUGUCCUUCCUGGAAGAGCAGGUAGCUUCAGCAGCUGCUAAGGUUCAACAGUCUGAGUUGCAGGUUAGUGACAUCUCGGCCAGAAUUGCUGCUUUGAAGAGUGCAGGCCUCAAUGUGGACACACAACAAUCACGCUUCACUAAGACCAAGACUAUUCCAAAUAUGCAUGUCACUGUGGAGUCAUCAAGGCAGCUGAGGAGGCGAUUACCUGCACCACCAGUGAAAGAAGACAAGGAGGAAACCUAAAUCAUCGAGCCAGGACCUUUGUAGUAUUUAACACGGAAGUGCCUUGACCCUGAAACUCUGCAGCC